AUGGCCACUCUUCGCUCCGCGUUCAUCCUCGCGUUGGUCCUCGUCUCUCUCCCUGCGCUCUAUGCCGCGGUUGCGCCACUGCAGGGUGACGUGGCUGGUGGAAGUGCAGGCGUGGACGCGGCGAGUUGGGGGCGCAAGCUGCUGGAAGCGAGCGGUGGUGACCUGGACGUGGGUGGCGAGGAGGAGGAGGUGGGGGAGGCGACGGACGGGCUGGACGAGGCGGUGCGGGUGCUGCUGAACUGGAAGAAGAUCAAGAGCGGGAUCAAGAACGCGGCGAAUCAGGCGGCAAAGAGCGAGGCGGGGCGGAAGGCGGGAGGGUUGGUGAAGAAUGUGGUGAAGAAGGGCGGCAAGGAGGCGCUCACGGCUGCAGUCAACGCGUUCUGCAGCGGCAAGGGCGCCAAGGGUGCCCUGCAGGCGGGCGCUGGCUCAUUCAUGCUUCUUCUACCGUAA